AGUAGAUUUGAAUCAGAUUUCAAAAAAGAAGAAGAUUCUAUUUUUUGUAUAAUAAAAAUGAAGAUUUACUUGUCAAUCUUGGCGGCAAUUAAACAAAGUUUCCUCAAUUUAUAUUUGUCUUUGUAGUUAGUAUAGUUUUAAUAAAAAGGCAUUUAUAAUAAUAUUAACGCAUUUGAUUAACUUCCAAGAUGCCCUCACCUGCCCAAUAUAACAUGUCGGAAGGGUGUCUCAAGACCAUCAUGUCAGGAGGCGAAUACCCUAAACCGAUUAUGCAAAUUCUGGGUAGUAAAAGGAUCAACGCUGGAUCAGGCGAUAAAGAAAGAAUACGAAUUUUAUUAUCAGAUGGAAAAUACACCAUUUCUUUUGCAAUGUUAACAGCCCAAAUGAAUGAAAAAAUUGGUCCUAACGGCGUUGAAAAUUUCAGUGUGGUACAAAUUGAUAAAUACAUAACUAGCGUUGUCAGCAAUGCAGGAAAAGGAGAUGCUCGUGUGUUAUUAAUUCUUGAAAUGACUGUUAUCGAACCUGGAUCUACAGUUGGACAAAAAAUUGGCUCUCCUAUUCCUUUCUCUGAUGCUGAUACAAAAGGGACUGCAACAACAAAUGGAACAUCUUCGACCUCAACUUCUUUUAAACCAACUAAUAUAAAAAAUGGAUCUGCAAUGGAAACCACCACAAGUGAUACAAAUUUAUCUUCCUCUAUGAUACAUCCUAUAUCCUGUCUUACACCAUACCAAAAUAAGUGGGUUAUAAAAGCAAGGGUUACAAAUAAAUCUGCUAUUAGAACUUGGUCCAAUUCUAGAGGGGAAGGAAAACUGUUCAGUUUUGAUCUAAUAGAUGAAACUGGAGAGAUACGUGUCACUGCAUUUAGAGACUUAGUGGAUAAGUUUUAUGAUUAUUUACAGGUCGAUAAAGUUUACUAUAUCACUAAAUGCCAACUGAAACCAGCUAAUAAACAAUUCAGUACAUUGAAAAAUGAGUAUGAAAUGACUUUAACUGCCGAUAGUUCCAUACAAGAGUGUUUUGAUAGUAAUGAUGCAAUUCCUACAACACAAUAUGAAUUUGUUUCUAUUGACAAAAUAUCAGAAAAGGAAACAAAUACUUUAGUGGAUGUUAUUGGUGUAGUAAAAAAUGUGGGAGAAUUACAAACUUUUCAAGCCAGAUCUACUGGUAAAGAGUUGAAAAAGAAAGAGGUGGUCCUGGUUGAUCAAUCUCAAACUGCGAUCAAUUUUACACUAUGGGGUACAGAUGCAGAAAACUUUGAUGGAACAAACAACCCAGUUGUAGUUAUAAAAGGAGCUAGAGUUAGUGAGUUUGGAGGUGGAAAGAAUCUGAGUAUGCUUUCAAGUAGUACACUAAAAAUAAAUCCUGAAAUGAAGGAAUGUUAUAGAAUGAGAGGUUGGUAUGAUAGUGAAGGAGAAAACGUCCAAAUUAAAAAUUUAAGCGCUAGAUCUGGAUCUGGCAAUUUAUCCACCAAUUGGAUGACAUUUAAGGAAGUUAAAGAUCAGAAAUUGGGUAGUUCAGAUAAGGGUGAUUAUUAUCAAGCUAAAGCUACCAUUCUACUUGUAAAAGCUGAAAAUAUUAUCUACAAAGCUUGUCCAACGGCAGAAUGCAACAAAAAAAUUAUUGAUUUGGAAAAUAGUAUGUACAGGUGUGAGAAAUGUAACAGAGAAUUCCCAAAUUUCAAAUAUCGACUUCUGGCGAGUAUGAAUGUUGGUGAUCACACUGGUAAUCAAUGGGUUAGCAUGUUUAGUUCAGAAGUUGAAAAAAUCCUAGGCAUGACAGCAGAGGAAGUUGGACAAGCAUUGGAACAUAACAAAGAAGAAGUUGCCAAUAUUGUUGAUAGAGCUCAUUUCAAAGAAUACUUAUUGAAAUGUAGGGCCAAAAUUGAGACUUAUAAUGAUGAAGCUCGUUUGAAAACAGUAUGCAUAAAAGUGGAUCCUGUCAAUUAUGAAGAAUACAAUUCUUUCCUUAUUGAAAAAAUUCAACAAUUAAUCGCUUAAUUAUUGAACUUGCACUUAUAUUUACUUUCGUGAAAGUUUUUUUGAAAAAUACUACUUAUGUAUGUUUUUUUGUUCUUUUUUUAUUUUGUCAUAUUACAAUAAAGAUACAAAAAUAUUAAUAUACUUAA